CCUUUGUCAAUACAAUAACAAAACGCAGCUGCUGUGGUCAUAACUGCGUAAAUAUUGGAAUUUGUAAUACAGCUGCUGGUGAAAACAAAGCGGAAAAUGUUUUCACUGUUCGGCAAGCGUAAGCCAGCCGAAACUCCCACCGAGGAGGUGAUUCAGGGUCCAGCCGAUGGACCCAAGCAGAACAACGGCGAUGAUUUCAUAUUUGUGGAGCGCAAACCUGACUCAGAUCCGAGCACAGCGCCUGGUGCUGGCAUGAUGUACCCACCCAUACCGCCGUCAGCGUACGGCCCGAUGCCCUAUCCUCCGCCGCUGGCGCCACGAAACGCACUUGGACCCAAUCUCAGUGCGCCCAUCAGCUAUCUGCAGGACAUUCCCUUCGAGCUGUCGCCGCAAUUGGCCACCAAGGACCGAUUCAACUACACACAGACGCAAGUGGAUGGUAUUCUGGCAUUGAUGACGCGCCAACUAUCCGUCGAUGCCAUGGCCGAGGAGUACACAUUCGCCCUGGAGCGUUCAGUGCAAAAUGAUCCCUACUAAAAGGGCGACCAUGCGAACCUACUGCUAAUUAGAUAU